UUGUUACUGUUACAAUUUGUUAACAUUUGUGUUUUCCAAUGGUCUUAGUCAACCCAUAGGCUGAGAACCAUUGCUGCAAAACCACUGAGAUGCUCCACAAAAUCUUAACUGUAUCUGAAAAACCAUUUCGGUCCUGAAAGGAAACAGAAAUAUUAAAGGUGUUUUGAUGUUUAAUACCAUUCUAGAGUACCCCUGGAAGACAGUACCAUAUUAACUUUGAAAUAAAAGCUCAGAAAUGUUUUACCGUCUCCACUAUUUUCUUAAAAACAAAAAGGGGCCAAGAAUACAGCUCAGGGGUAGAAUGCCUACCUAGCAUGCAUGAGGCUGCAGGCUCAGCUCAAUUCCCAGUGCCACAAAAGCGAACCUCCUUAAAUGAACUCUUAGGUUAGAGCAGUUCUCUCUUGUGGUGACACUGGCCCCCACCCAAGGCAGGGUCUUCUCUCUAACCUGGACUGGACUCUGCAGUGGGAUUACAGGCGCUACCACACCAGCUUAGGAGAGUCCUUCCCCUCAGUGUAAUGACUAUCAUUCAUCAGUGAGGGCACUGGCUACUCCCGCACCCACACGGGUGAUCACAACCUUGUAUAACCCAGUUCCUGUGGAUCUGACAUUUCGGGCUUUCUACAGGCACCAUGCAUGCAUGUGGUGCACACACAUCCACACAAGCAAACCACUCAUAAAAUAAAGGGGGCAAAGUGGUAUUUCAGUAGCAAAUGCAAGGGAGAAAGCUCUUUUGUGUGUGUAAGACUUAACAUACCAGUUUUGCUAGUAUCAAGGAUAAAGUUCUUAAAUUCUCUGAAAAACACUAAGCUGCUAAUAAAACUUUCAGAGCUAUGCAACAGUUUACCAUUUAGAAUACUCCACUCCAACCUUUCUUUGCAACACUGUUAUCAAUUGGUCACUACUCUGCUUCUGGAAUCCCAACUGUUCUCAGGCCCCUUAUUCUAGACCUUGAGACAGGGAGACCAACCUGAGUUACACCCCCCCACCAAUCCAAGGGGGUCCCAGGUGCAGUCCCUUGCCUGUAGCCCAGCUAGAGUGGAAGCCAAAGCAGAAGGGUAGGUUGAGCCCAGGGGGUCCCAGGCUGGCCUGGGUAAACAGUGAAACACUAUCAGAAAACCUCCAAGUGUUAGUACAAAUUAAAAAUACUAGCAGUUAAAAUGAGGCCAAAUUUUUGAGACUUUAAAUAAAACUUCCUAAAGGAAGUAAAAAUUUCAGUCACAAAAGACUACAUACUAUUUCAAUUAUACACAACCCGAGAGCAUAAAAAUCUAUAAAACAUAAACAUGAUCUGUGACUUCCAAGGUCUGAAAUAGAGAACAGGUCAGCAUAUGGAAUGACUUAGUAUGUACAUCUUUUUGAAAUUAUAAAAGUUCUAAAAUUGAGUUGUGAUACUCUGAAAACUCGUACUAAAAUCUGUAGAAAUAUCACUUUAAACAGAAGUUAAUGGAUGUUAUGAACUGGGUAUGGUGGCUCAUAGCUGCCAUCCCAGCAGUUGGAGGCAGAAACAUCAAGAUCCUCGAAUUUCAAGGCCAGCACAGUCUACAGAGACCCUAUGUCCAAACAAAACCAUCUUGUAGGCAGAGGCAGGGGACUGCAGGAGAGCUAAGAGGGCAGCCUCCUGUGCAUAUCCAGUUGCAAGCUAAUAUCAAGAGCCUGUUUCAAAAAACCAAAAGAUGUGUUUAUAAUGUAAUCCAAUCAAGAAAAUGUGGGCAUAUCACUUAGCUCUUUACAGCAGAGUCUGAGUUCUUUGCAUUUUAAAAGCCCAUUACGGAUCUGCUUUUUCUAGGUGGCAUGGGCACUCCUGCAAGCUAACUUCCAGACCCAGGGUGUUCUUUUUCCUUUUUAACCCAUAUUCAAUGAAAAACUACCGACACAGUUCUGAUUUAAGGACCCGCAAACACCUCCACCAGCACGCGAUUAGGCUAGGCUUUUGUUGUUGUUCAAAACAUCACAGUUCCGACACUUGUUUUCAACAUCCUAGCCAUCAAAUCAAAACGAAUAUAUUUGACUUCCGGCCUUAAUUACAAGUCGACACAAAACAACUCUUGGAGAAUUAACUCCAUAAAACCUCACUGAAGUAUCCACCCCGGCCUUUUUAAAAGCAGUCCCCCAGUUUCCCCCGGACCCGGCCUUUUUGAAACACACCCACUUGAUCCUAUUCCUAUCGGGUAAGCCGCUCACUUCUCUUGCAAAAUUAAACUCUUGGUAAACAUCUAAUGUGUGUGUGUGUUGGGGGGGGGGUAGACCCUCUGGAGAUGCGUACGUACUCCAUCCGCAGGUCCAAAUCUGGACCCUAAAGGCCGGCUACGCAUCCUCUACCUCCUCCUGGACACCGUCCGUUUACCUAGCUUGCCCUAGAGCCCAGACCCGGGGAGAGAAGGCCACCUCGGCCACCGAGCCGCGCGAUUACAAAGGAGGACCGCGUCCGCCUUUGUCCUGCCUCGGGAGCUGGAGCGCCCCCGUCUCCGCUGGCGUCUCCUUCCCCCCCCCACCAGCUCCCUCCACCUGUCUCACCCCGGCGAUCUGCGUCAGCCGUCACCAAGCAGCCCGGCCAGCCCAGGAAGUGAAGCAGCCUCCUAGCAAGGCAGGGACCUCCCAGACAGAGCUGGCGAGGAAAAUGAAGCUCCCGAUGUUCAUAGUGGAUGCAUUCACAGCAACAGCUUUCCGGGGCAACCCUGCUGCCGUCUGCCUCGUGGAAAAUACAUUGGAUGAAGACUCUCAUCAGCACAUUGCAAGAGAAAUGAAUCUCUCUGAAACGGCUUUUAUCCGAAAACUGCAACCAACUGACAACUUCACACAAAGUGCCCGCUUUGGACUCAGGUGGUUUACUCCGGAGAGUGAAUUCCCGCUGUGUGGCCACGCCACCCUGGCGUCCGCGGCUGUGCUCUUCCAUAAAAUGAAGAACACAAACAACACCCUAACCUUUGUCACUAUGAGUGGGGAACUAAAGGCCAGAAGAGCAGAGGACGGGAUUGUCCUGGACUUUCCUCUCUACCCAACCUCCCCUCAGGACCUCCAUGAAGUAGAAGACUUGAUAAAGGCAGCCAUAGGUGACGUCCUGGUCCAGGAUAUACAGUACUCUCCAGAUACCAAAAACCUCAUGGUCCGGCUCAGUGAUUCUUACAACAGGUCCUUUCUAGAGACCCUGAAGGUGAACACAGAGCCUCUGCCUCGAACUGAACAGACAGGGAAGGUGAAGGGACUCAUUCUCACUCUCAAAGGAGAGCCUGGGGGGCGGACACCCCAAUAUGACUUCUACUCCCGAUACUUUGCGCCAUGGGUUGGUGUGGCUGAAGACCCCGUAACAGGGUCCACCCACACUAUACUUGGCCCCUACUGGUCUGAGGAGCUGGGCAAGAAAGAGAUGCGAGCCUUCCAGUGUUCCCGCCGAGGAGGGGAGCUGGACAUUUCCCUGCGACCUGAUGGCCGAGUUGACAUGAAGGGUGGUGCUGCUAUUGUCUUAGAGGGCACGCUCACAGUCUAGAGACACCUGUGCUGGGCUGUGGCCGCGGCUGAACGCGGUGUUUUCUCUACACCAAAAAAGCAAAGCAAACAAGCAAACAACAAACGCCCAGAGCUUGCUUCAGCGAGCUCACCGACCAGUGCCCUCAAUCCUCUUGUGAAGAACAGAAAGGAAGCCAGUUGAUGGAGAGGAGACAGCGUCUCCAGACUCCUUAGCCAAUCAAUGAUGGGCUCAGGCCUCUGCCUGUGUGUGUCUUCAGUGGCCCACAGCAGAGAGUGAUGCUGUCACUUCUUUCGAUUAUGACUGCCAAUCAAAGUGAGAGAUCCAUUGAUAAGGAUCCAGAUGAAAUUUAGAUUUAGGUGUGUACACCCUAUAGAAGUUUUAUAACUGUAUAUAUAAUUUUAAUUUAAAGACAGAGUCGUACUGUAUAACACUGGCUUGGAAGAACUCUCUAUGUAGACCAGGCUACCCUCCGACACACAGACAUUUGCCUACCUCUGACUCGAGUGGAUUAAUGGUGUACUCCAUCAUGCCCAGACUCAUAACCUUUUUAGUAGACCCAAUUGCUCUGUGGAAAUACAGACCAAACACUAAAGAGAAUAGACUGUAAACUGUUAAGGAGGCCAGGCUAUGGCUGUGGGGAAUUUGGAGUCACAUGACUGUGAAAACAGCAAAGAGAAACAGGUUCGUGUGGGAAGAUUCAGAGGAAUCUUAGUGUCUGUAAGUAACAGGACAAAACCCAGGGAAUUAAGACAAAGUGUGUAUCUGAGUAGAUUAUAUGAUGAUAAAAAUAAACGCCGAGAACAGCAUGAUCUUA